AUGGACGACUACGAGCUGGAGAAUGCCCGCGAGUGGGAUGACUCCUUAGCAGACAAACCACGCUUCGAGUGGAAGACGGUAGGCGGCCGUGGCAAGCCGCCAUCGAAGGCGACUCCAGCACCAGCGCCAGCACCAGCGCCAGCACCAGCGCCAGCACCACCUCCGAAGACCCCGACCCCCAGCCGCAAUAAUAGGUACACGCCAGCCAAGCGCUCCCUCCAAGCUUCGCCGGCACAACACCAGAACUAUCGACCAUCUCAGGGACCUUCUCGAUUGCCACCACCACGCUUCUCGCCACAGAAUCGCGCUCCGCGUCAGACACACCCGGAUCGGCCGAGACCCCAAGCUCCGGGUCGACCGGUGCCUCGCUUGGUGGAGAACGCCGACAACGAGGCCCAGUAUGCCUGGCGGGAGCGUCGGCCACCCACCGACACAGUCCGCAUACCUGCCGUCAUGGUCCAUGCCGACCGCGAUAUGAACGAUCCAGCGACUUACGUGCAGCUUGCAGUGGACUGCGGUGCCUUUGUGUACUGCGAAGAGCUGAAGAGCGACAACGUGUCGCUGACAUUCGGCAUAUGGGGUGAUGCCAAAGCAGCUUCAGCAGCCAAGCGUCAAAUCCUCAAUUGGAUCGAGUACGCCGAGCCAUCUUCCCACAGGGCCCCAGGAGCAGCAAAGUGGGCAAGGAUUGUGUCUCUGACUCCAAAGCUGCGAGAGCGUGCCGAGAAGCGAUGGGCCACCGACAUCAAGAAGAACCGCUACCGGCAGUUCCCGCCCACCAACAAAGCUUUCGGUGCCAUUGGCACCUUCCACUGGCCCUCCAAAGAGUUCCGCCCCGAGGAAGCCUUUGGCAUGAGCUGCGAAGCCUUCGAUCCUAUUCGAAUGGAGCACAGCUGCUACAUCAUCUACAGCUCCGAGAAGUCCAUCUUCCAGGUCUUUGGCAAAGUUCAGGACGUUCAGGCUGCCUUGCUCUGCAUUCGGAAGACUGCUUUCAACAUAUGCUCACGUACAAUCAAUCCCGUCAGGGCCUACAUGCUUCAGUGGCGCAGCGGACCACCUCCUUCGCACGUCUUCCUGGAGGAGUACAUGGGACCUGUCAUUAUCGCGUCUCAGGGCAAAGAGGCGAUCGGCCAGGACCCGAGCUACUCCCCUCGUGGAGAAGGCGUGUUAGACGACGAGAGCGCUGUGCAGCUGGCCCAUACUCGUGCCUCCGUCAACGCGGAACGAGUCAAGACCACCAUCCGCAAUGCCCUUCGCAAGGUUCACUACCUGCAAGGACACCUCAACUUUCGCAUUCGCCUCGGAACGUUUCUGCUUGCGCAGUACAAGAAGCUUUCUGAUGGCGAGCUUUGGGAACUGGCAGAUUACGAAGAGAUGGUUGGAGCAUCCCAGUUCGUGGGUCGCGUGACAGAAGAGCUAGGCGGAGAGUAUCCCGAGCAUACCGUACUCUCAAAGCUUCAACACGCGACGGACCUCCUCUCUCCGCAAGAUGCAAUCACGGAGCAUCUCGUCGACGUCAGGCCAAGCUACGCCGCAGAGUUCAUCUUUGCCAAUACCAAAGGCGACCUGUGCCUGAAAGUGACCUGGAUCGAGUCAUCGGACGACAAUAGCGACGAGCUCGAAUUUCUCGAGUCUACUAAGGAGUGGACACGUCUCGAUCGCGACACCAGUCAUGCCACGAAGCUGGUCGACAUGAGCUUGACUGACCUGCAAACCGGCUCAGCUUGGCAGUUCGAGAUGCUGUCGUCAGAACCCAUGGAGCAUGCUAAGCUCCCACAAGAGCUGAGACACUUUGCCGACAAAGUCCGCAUCGACGUUGUGGCCCUUCGAAAAAAGUCCAGCGAGAAGUCCUUCAUCGUGUUCAACCCAUUCGUGCAGCCAAAGCUUGUGCGACAAACGAUUCGCUACCAGUACGGAAUCAUUGGCACAGACUACACGCUCGAGCUUUCUCAGUUCCAAGAUCGAACCUAUCCUGCGAAAAAGUCUGUGGCAGACAAUCCCGUGCCUACAGUCUACGAGCCGCGUUGGGGACUGAACGUCUUCCGCAUCGAAUGGGACACAAUGUUCACGGAGAAUGCUCGUCUGACCAUUGGCGCGAGCGUCGAUUGGGCCGACGACAUGGAGAAUUGGUUUCCGCAGGACUGGGUUCUUAAUGCAGACGACGAUGGCAAGCAGGACGGAUUUGCACAGCUCAUGCGGAAGCUUAUGAAAGUGGAGAAGUUGGUGCGGGAGCCUAUGUUGGACUCGUGA